GGAAUUACGCAUAUUAGUGCAGCUGCAGCUUCAUUAGAGCCGCGCUCAGCACGAGCUCCGUCCUCGGUUUACAGCCUCGGUGUUGGUUGAUGAGCUCUGGGAGGUUGAUGGUCAGAGCUGAUGAAGCGCUGACUGUACUGUAGCCUACAGACAGGCUGCUGUGAGAAAUCUGAUGCCUUGGGCCAGUUCUUAUUCUCUGUAUAUUUCUACUGAGGAAAUGGCUGCGAAAGCAUGGCAGUCUGGUACGCAGUGCGUCGCCAAAAGUGACCACACCAAACCUAAAGCCAGUGAGCUUGCCUAUCUUAAAGGAGACCUCCUGACCAUACUGACAGUGGAAACGGGAAAGGGCAUCUUCAGGGCCAGACACAAUAGAACAGGUGAAGAGGGUCUGAUCUCUGCUUCGAAAGUGCGAGAGCGGGAGGCCCUGCGUGUAGACCACCACCUCAGCCUCAUGCCCUGGUUCCAUGGUAAGAUCUCUGGUCCGGAGGCUGUUGGUAAGCUGCAGCCUAUGAAGGACGGCCUGUUCCUCGUACGCGAGUCCAUUCGGCACCCUGGUGACUACGUGCUGUGUGUCAGCUUUAAUCAAGAGGUCAUUCAUUACCGCAUCAUCUAUCAGGACUCCAAGCUGACCAUCGACAGAGGGCAGUACUUUUAUAACCUCAUCGACAUGGUGGAGUUCUACUCUAAGAAUAAAGGAGCUAUUGCUACCACACUGCAGAAGCCCAAGGAGAAGGAAGGCACCAAAUCAGCAGCGCUGCAACUGUAUAAAACGGGAUGGCUAUUGGAUCUCCCCAACCUGACUCUAGGAGAGAAAAUAGGACAGGGGGAGUUUGGAGCGGUGUAUGAAGGAGAGUACAUGGGCAGAAAGGUGGCUGUGAAGAACAUAAAGUCUGACGUCACCGCUCAAGCUUUCCUGGACGAGACGUCGGUCAUGACGAAACUCCAGCAUAAAAAUUUAGUGCAGUUAAUAGGAGUGAUUCUACAUAACGGCCUCUACAUCGUGACAGAAUUCAUGGCUAAGGGUAAUCUGGUGAACUACCUGAGGUCACGGGGACGUUCAGUCAUCACUACAGUCCACCUCCUGCACUACGCGCUAGAGGUGUGUGAAGGGAUGGAGUAUCUGGAGUGUAAGAAGCUUGUUCAUCGAGACCUGGCUGCCCGCAACAUCCUUAUAUCUGAGGACAAUGUUGCCAAGGUCAGUGAUUUUGGCCUGGCCACGGUCGACCUGGCCAAGGUCGACUUGCAGAACAUCGACAGCACAAAGUUACCUGUCAGGUGGACCGCACCGGAGGGCCUGAACAACAAGAAGUUCUCCACACGGUCAGAUGUUUGGAGUUAUGGCGUGCUCCUGUGGGAGAUUUUCUCCUAUGGCAUGCAGCCCUACCCCAAGAUGACUCUGAAGGAGGUGAAGGAGGAGCUGGAGCAGGGCUAUCGCAUGCCAGCUCCUGAAAACUGCCCACCAGAGGUUUAUGCCCUAAUGACGGCCUGCUGGGAGAAGGAACCCAAGAUGAGGCCGUCGUUCCACAAACUCCGAGAGCGUCUACAGACCGAGCUGACCAACUAUGAAUCUGACAAUGGGUCAUGACCCCACAUAACUGCUUCCUUCGUCGGAGAAGAGACGUUUUACUCUGUAUAUACUCUAAUAUCACACUAUACUGGACAGCUCUGGGGUGUUCCAUCAAGGCCCUGUUCACAAAGACGUGACACUGAAUGUAGACCUGCUAAGUUAUUAUUCCUUAUUUAUCUACAGCUUUAUAAAGCAGUAAUGUUAGCAUGUUUUCAUCAUUUUCUAAGUGAAAAUAAGUUAAUACGUCGUUUUUAAAGACACUUCUUCUGCAUAUUUUAAUGGACAACUGUUUUUUUGUCGAAUUUAAAGGGUCCAUAUCAUUUUACAGUGUUUUUCCAGCGGUGGACGAAGUAAACUAACCAUGUACUUGAGUUAAAGUCGAGACCCC